GCCUCCAUUUCAAAUUCCCCUGUUAUUUGUAAACACCAAAACUACAUGCUCACCCUUACCUUACCACCUCAUCACUUCCCUUCUCAUUCUCUUCAGUCUACAUUUGAAAAGAAUUGAAGAAUUCCUCCAAGCUUCUCUUAACAAGGCAAACACAUAGUAGUUUUUAACUCAUCAGAAAAGCCAUCACCAUACAAUUUCAUUCUUGGUGGAAGAAGAUUCAACAUCAACUCAUAAGAAAGAAAGAAAGAAAGAAUGAAUGAAAGAAUUUAAAAAAAAAAAAAACCAUAUUGACUUUCUCUUCGUGUGCUAACUGCUAACGUUUGUUCUGCUUCAUUUCUUCCUUCCUUCUUUUUCCCCCCUACAGGAAUUGACGCAGUUGCAGAGGAAGAGAAAGUCUUUGUUUUAGAAAUAGCUCUCAGCACUCACCUAAUUUUCUUCCAACCAGGCGGUGGAAAAGCGACUGCCCCAUUGUGCACGCGAUUUAUGGUCAUAUAUUUAUCUAUACAUUAUAAACUUUCCCUUUAAAGUUCUCAGAUGGUGGAUAAUCCAAAGUUGGAUUUGGCUUCUUGUCGCUGUGAGGCUGGUGGAUUAGAAGAAAAGAUGGGAUCCCCGAAAGUUUCUGUUUUAGAUCACAUGAAUGGAUUUCAAUACACAACGGAGAAAUCUGAUGGCUUUGUCAUGGACAUGGAAAGCUUCUCCCAUGUUGGCAACAACAAAGAUAUCAACCCAAAUUCAAGAACCACAUUGCAGAGAAGCCUUUCCAGAAAAGGGUCUCUGCGCGGCGGCGGCGGAGGUUGCACCGAGAAGAAUAUCUAUUCUAAUACUUCUCCUUAUGACAGAAACAAUAUUGCUGCUUCCUCAUCACUCAAAGCUUCUUCGAGUAGGACCCUGCAUGACUGAGAAGACCCCGCUAGCAGCGGUUGGGACCACUGAUCAAUCCACCAACACACAAGUUCAUCAUCAGAUCACCAUUACUAAUACUACUAGUAGCAACAUGAAUGCCUCCAUAGAAGACAGAUUCACCAUCAGGAGAAACAGUUUCAAGCGUCCUCCUUCAUGGGCAAUUGAUCCCAAAAGAAUUCUCUUCUUUUUUGCCACCUUAUCAAGCAUAGGAACAAUAUUGCUGAUAUACUUCACUCUUUCCACGGCCAAGCUCGGCGCAGAUGACAGUGCUCUUGAUUAGCAAGCCAAUAUGUAGCAUUACCUUAUCGGACAAAGAAAGCAACCUUCGGAGCAGAGUGAAAUCAGAUGGAAAUGUAAUGUGUUGCUGGUGAAAGUCCUCUAUUUCCAAGGAUAGGCUUCUUGUUAUGAAAAUUUUCAGAGGAAAAGUUCAGAAUAUGGAGAAAUGAGAAGGACAAAAGCCAGCCUACUAUCCACUAUUGUCGCUUCAAAAAUGGAGUACUGCUUACUUUUCGAGGAAAAUAUUAUAAAAAAUAGAGAUGUAGACAAGAACAUACACUAUUGUGACAAAGAGAAAGAAUCUUCCUUCUAUAUUCAUAGAAGAGGAAAUUUUAGUGUUUUCCAGCAAUCUUAUAGAUUUUAGUGGAGGACCAGAUAGUCCUUGCCUUCACUUUCAUUAUUCUCUGCAUCUUUGUUACAUCUCUGUCCAUGUGUUGCAUUUAUUCACUUAGGCCCUUUUUUAAUAGACUUUUUCUUUUAUGGCUUUCUUGCGAUUGAGACAAGCAUGAGGAUAAUGCUACAAUGCUCACGCACGCAAAGCAUGCGCACUUGAAGCUUUUCGCCUUU